UAAGCGGUAGUGUUGGGUAGCCUGGUCUUUUACUUUGCGCUUCUGCGUUCCAGAAGUUUCUAUAAAAUCCUUUCGGUGAAAUUUUCCAUAAAAAUUUAUUUUAUUUUAUCCAAUACACGUUUCCAUAUUAUUCGGUUUUCAAUUAUCGAUCGUAAGUUUUUUCACAAGUAGUAUUCAGUUGACCGUUUUUCAAAAUGUCCUUUUUCGGAUCAUUGAUGGGUGAUCUCGACGAUUAUCCUAUUUUUAGAUCUCACAUGCAAUCUGUAAGAGACAUGAAUGACAUGAUGAAUUUUUUAUUUAAUGACCCAUUUAGUAUCAUGGGUCAUCCUUGCCACAAUGCUAUUACGCAUGGUAGCCAUAGGAACAGAGGUCGUCAAGGUGAUCUUCAAAUAUUGCCAUUUGGAUUUCCACCAUUGCCAUCAUUUAAUAUGGGCAAUGUAUUUCCAGACUUUGAUAAUAUGGUAUCGAAUGAAAAUUGUCAUUCCUACACUUCUGUCAUGACCUUUGGUACUAAUGAAAGUCCACAAGUUUAUCAACAAACUAUGUCUACAACGACUGUUCCUGGUGGUGUGAAAGAAACAAGGAGAACAAUUUGUGAUUCGCGUACUGGAACAAAAAAGAUGGCUAUUGAACAUCAUAUUGGAGACAGAGCACAUAUUUUAGAAAGGGAGCAAAAUGUCCACAGUGGUGAACAAGAAGAACAUCAAGAAUUUAUUAAUCUUGAUGAAGAAGAGGCAGAGAGUUUUAAUAAUGAAUGGGAAUCACGUGUUCGCCAUUACCAAAAUAGUAAUUCUAACUAUGGUAGCCAUGGUCAUAGAAAUCGGUCUGAUCAUAGACAGCAGGCUUUACCUGACACAUCAGGAAGUCGAUACUCUAGUUCUUCAAGGUGGACACCUUCUGCUAGACGUAGUUUAAGAUUACUACCUUCAUCUAAAACAUACAAUCCAAUUUACAGUUUAAGUUCGAAUUCAUCCAAUACCAUUCAAGCUACUAAAUCUGUAUCAGCAGCAAGUACAAGUAUAAUCGGAAACCAAAAACGCAAACAUAUACUGGAUGCUAAAGUUUGCAAAAAGUGUCGUGUUGUAUCACAUAGUAAUGACUAGUACUUUUAUUCAACCACUCAAGCUAUGUUUCAAUAACACUGCAGAACUUCAGUAAAAUUCAUGUUAUGUAAUAAUAUUGUAUUAAGUCUAAAACUUUUAUAAACAAUUUCUUC